AUGGGUGUCACCAACAAGAAAACCUUGACCAAGACACGCAGAAAGACAAGGGAUGUCGAUCAGAUCAAGGCCGACUUGCGCUCGCCGCGCCACCUCCAACGUUUCACGGGAUCAAAAGCGAAGGAGGAUCUUCCGGGAUUGGGUCAACACUAUUGUGUCGAAUGCGCCAAAUGGUUUGAGACCGAGGUCAGCCUCGUGGGCCACCGUAAAGCAAAGCCUCACAAGCGCAGGGUCAAGCAGCUGAAGGAGGAACCGUAUACCCAGAAAGAGGCAGAGGCCGUCGUUGGCAUUCGUACAGACGACAAAGGUCCCAACAAGGAUGGCCCCGAGAAGGCCCUCGACCAGGAGAUCGAGAUGGAGACCUGA